CUUUUCUCCUAACAAUAAUAUCAACAGAUACGUCCGCUAUGUCUAUCACCCAUCUUACAAGAAGAUCCCAUGGUGGCAAAGAUCUAUACGAACGUUUGGCAGCAGAAAAUGUGGAUUAUCAACAUAUAGGCUGCCAAUGUAUGAUGACCAACCCCUCACCUCAAAACACAGAUACAACCUAUUGUACAUGCAUUAACAGACAAGCUGGGGCGACGAUUAAAUCGAGCCAGUGCAGAGCAUAUACAGAUGCCGUUUUCGGCUUUUGCUAUGAAGCAACCGAUAGUACGGAAUUAUGGCAAAUGUGCGUAGGCCAUUAUUGUCCACAUAAAGAUACAGACAAUAUAUCACCUCCUAAAACCAAGGUCAUUUUCUAG